AGCACACACACACAGACAAGAGUUGGUGCAUGAGAGAAGGAGGAGGGAAAUUCCGCCGGGAAUUUUUGGGUUCUUUUUUUUUGGGGAAGUUUGUUUCCUUCAUCUACAGCCCAAAGAACAACAACUGCACAGUGUGUACACUGAGUGACAGAGAGAGAGAGCGUGUAUGUGAACGCAUCGCUGUGACGAUGAGGGAAACUAUGCCCCAGACAUCAAUUUUCCCAAGUAUGCUUGGCACCAGUUGUAGUGGUCAUGUCCAGCCAGAUAUGGAGGACAAGUGUGUGGAUCCGGUGUACCAGGAUGGCAGUUUAGUUUCAGGGUCCCUUGAGGUGCUCAUUGAGCACUUGGUGCCCACUGUUGACUACUACCCCGAUCGGACGUAUAUCUUCACCUUUCUUCUGAGUUCACGUGUCUUCAUCCACCCUCAAGAGCUCCUGGCAAAAGUCGGGCAGAUCUGCACAAAGCAGCUGGAGACAGGAACCGAAGCAGACAAGGCUAAAGUGAAGGAAUUUGUCCCAAAAAUCAUCCAGCUGUUGACUGAGUGGACAGAAACAUUUCCACAUGAUUUUCAGGAUGAGAAAUCUAUGAAGGAACUCAAGGACAUAACUCAUCAGAUAGCACAGUGCGAUGAGGAAAACUCCAGUGUGAAGAAAAGCAUUAGUCAGAUGACCCAGAGUCUGAUCCGCAACCUCUCGAGCCACAGCCAGUACCAGGAGGCACGGGAGAUCAUCAAACCAUCGGUCACAGACAAGCAAACCAUCCUGAAACCCAAGACUCAGUCCAGUCAGAAGGAUAUACUGAGUGUCUGCAAUGACCCCUGUGUCUUGGCCCAGCAGCUCACCCAUAUCGAGAUGGAAAGGUUAACGCACAUCACUCCGGAGGAGCUGGUGCAUAUAUUUAACCACAUGGAUACAAUGGACAAUCACAAGAGCUGUCGUAGUGACAUCAAGAAGACGUGCAAUUUGGAAGCGUGUGACAACUGGUUUAAUCGGCUCAGCUCUCUCGUCGCCACUGAGAUAUGCAGAAUUGGGAAGAAGAAACAGAGGACGCGGAUGUUGGAGUUCUUCAUUGAUGUGGCACGGGAAUGUUUUAACAUCGGAAACUUCAAUUCCCUGAUGGCUAUUAUCUCUGGAAUGAAUCUGAGUCCUGUGGCUAGACUGAAAAAAACAUGGUCCAAAGUCAAAAAGGCAAAAUUUGAAGUUUUGGAAAAUCACAUGGACCCUUCCAGCAAUUUCUCUCACUACCGGACAGCGCUUCAGGGGGCAGUGCAGAGAUCACAGACCGCGCACAGCAACCGGGAGAAGAUUGUCAUUCCAGUAUUCAAUCUCUUCAUUAAAGACAUCUACUUUCUGAACAAGAUUCAUGCCAACAGACUGGCUAAUGGGCAAAUUAACUUCAAGAAAUUCUGGGAAAUUGCCAAGCAGAUCAAUGAAUUUAUGAUGUGGAAACAGGUUGAGUGUCCCUUUGAGAAGGACAAGAAGAUCAAAAACUAUCUCCUGACAGCUCCUGUUUACACAGAAGAAGCACUUUACUUGGCUUCAUUUGAGAGCGAGGGGCCAGAGAAUCACAUGGAGAAGGACAGUUGGAAGUCACUCAGGGCAACUCUGUUGAACAGGGCAUGAAGGAACCACGUUGUACAUAUUAGACACUUCAAACCAUUUGCACUGCGACAGAUUUUAGCUCCAGUUGGAUGGAAGAAAAAAGAGACUUGGCACGGUCAUUGUUGCUUUAAAAUUUGUAAAUUUUGGUUUUGAUUCUGACCCUGGUCAUGACUGUACAGAGAGAGAGAGAGAAAAAGAGGCCAAUUGUUGGGGCUUUGGUCCUGCUGGUUGGGAUACGUAUGUUAAACGCCUUUUACAGCAGACUUUGUGCUUUGACUUGUAAAAUAAUUGGAAGACAAAGAGAAGGCAGAAGAUUGACUUUUGCCAUGGGGCAGGACCCUAAACUGAAGAAAAGCAUCAUGGGAAAUCUCUGGCUGCUAUCACCAUGGAUACCGGUAGAAAAUAAAUAGGACAAUGGCAGCCUGUGAGAAAUUCCGACUACUGUCAAUUCAUUCUUUGUUUUGUGAUAACUUGCUGCUUCUGUGAGAGAGAGAAUUAGUUACGGGUAUAAACAGAAUUGAAGGAACUAUAUGUUGCACCAUAUUUUACUGUUUUAUGGACUGGGCGAUUGUGGAAUGUUGGGGUGUGGGUACAUUUGGUGGAGGGAAGGGGACAAGUUGGCAGAGUUUAGACAAGCCUGGUCUUGAGACCAUUCUAUGAGGCAAAGGGAUUGCUAUCCAGCAUGGAAUGUAUACUGAUGGUUUUACACUGGCUUACAGAAUGACCACAAUGUGACCCAUGGGAUUGAAGCUGCCCUUAUCUUCUGUGCAGAUUGUUUUGUGUUGUGCUCUAUAACUCACGUUUUCGCUGCUCUAUAGGACUGAAGAACCGUUUCUUUUGUGCACAGAACAGGCUCCACUUUAGAUACUUAUUCACUUGAAUGAAGGGCACAGUGCAGUGAUUGUUUCACAUUCCAGACUGUAGCCUGUGGAAUGGAUGGUCCCUAGGGUUGCAGGAGCCACCAUUGCUCUGCCUUACUGCAGUGUGUGCAUGUUGAUACUGUUCCAACUCAACCCAAUCUCACAGCUUUUUAAAACAAAUAAUUAAACUUUUGUUUAAAAAAAACUCCGAUUUGAAAUGUCACUUUUUACAAAACAGCAAGCCUUAAAGAUUUCUGCUCAAUGUUUCGUAAUCCAUUACUGUUUUUUUUUUGAAAAGCUAUUUACAACAUAUCAUAGAUCACCCUUUUGCCCACUGACAAAAUAAAAGAACAGAGCAUUGUCAAUAGAUACCCUCAGAAAUAUUGUACACGUGUCCAUGUCUCAGACAUUGAAGAAGCAAGUAUAUGAGGGACCAACCAGCUUAACCCUCAAUGUUCAACAGCAGGCUGAAGGAGACUGAUUCCAUAAACAAGGUUUUGUCAAUCACAAAAAGAAACGUCCUGGGGAUGAAGAUGACAAAAAUAAAUCCAAAAUUUUGCUUUCUGGCACAGGGUCAAGAACACGUUACACAGAGCUUAACCAACAACUUGAUGAACUUUGCAGCUGGAUGGUGUAAUAAGGAUUUGAGCAAAAUUGGCUGCAGUCUGCCCAAUCCAUCAAUGUGCUUCCCUUAUACAAACAACAGAUGAUUUUAUCCAAGUAUGGGAUAACACUCAAGAUAUUACAGCACCUUACAAUUUCUGUUUGUGCUGUUGGUAAUGGGAUGGAUUGAACAGUGAGGUCCCAGUAGCAGUUCGUCCAAUUGAGACUAACCAUAAUCUUGAGAGGGAUCAGAAUCCACUGUGAGCAAUCUGUGAACGUGUGCUCAAAGGUGAAGAGGGUAGGGUGAUACAUGAAUGUUCACACAAACGUAGGAAAAUACGGGUAGGCCCAUCAGCUUCCCCCUCCCCAAAGGUUGUGCCAUUCAGGUGACCAUAAUGUCCUCAUUCCCAAUGUAUUCCCCACUCCCAAGAGUUACCGAUGCCCUUGUUAAUCAAAUUUACCCACAGUGCAUCCUGUGAGUUACUAACCAAGGCAACUGGUGUUCAUCAGCCACAGAAAAACCCAAAUGUGGUUUCCUGAAAAAUUCCUUAAAAACAAAACACAGCGGCCGUGGUAAUCAGAAAGCAGGAAGGCAAAGUUCUGGUUAUUCUUGAGCUUCCUUCCUUGAAAUCUUAUUGGGCCCAUGUACCAAAGAGGUACCAUAUCAUCAUUACCCAGAACCCAUUGGGAUUGUGCCAUCUUCACACUGGAGUGACUUGGCCUAAUCCCAUUUCCCUACAUAUCUGCUCUAAAAAUGAGUUUUACCACAACAGAAAGUUGUUACCAAGGAAACUAUUUAAUAGAAUUUUCUACGUUCAUUUAAUAGAUCCCCGCUCUGCCAACUCUAAUUUAAAGUAGUCAUACUGUGACUAUCCUGAGGGAAACAUUCUUAGGGCAUUACGUGGAACAAGAUGGUUUAGAAAAAAAGGAUUAUGAUUUAGUUACAAAUUUGACACUAGAAAUUGUCUCCCUCAACCACCACCACCCAAUAAGAUCAAAGUACAUUCUGUCAUUGUUGACUUUUGAUAUUGGAAGCAACGCCAUUCAUUUUUCUUUCUCUCUGGAACAAUAUCAGCAGCACACACCUCAGUAUGGCAGCCUGCAGGGCUUCCCAAGUACACGUGUCUACUUGUAGCUGGAGAUAACUGCAGUUUUGUCUGCUUGCAAGAACACUGCAUUAUUCUGGAUUUACAAACCCACAGUACCCUGGCAAAUAAAUACAGGCAGGUGGGAACAAGGAGUUUUCAUAAAAUCCCCAGGUUGGUUACUGAAGCUAUGUGUGGUUGAAUUGAGUCAAGGACAUGCAAAAAUGAAAGAAAAUUAGUGUUCUUAAAAACAAACAUUGAAGAAAGUUGAACUCGAUUUGGUAACACUAACCGAAGAACAGCAGCUACUUAAUACAUUGUGUAAAUGGUAGCAUCCUUAUUCAAAAAUGUCUUUUGUGAAAAUGCACUGUGGGUUGCAACUAUCAUGAUUGGAAGACAAAUCUCACUGCACUUCAGCCUCUCUUGUGUGGAGGUGGCUUUCACAGGUCCCUGUGGCAAAUGUUCUGCAAUUUAAUGCAACUUAAAAAGGGAGGAAGCCCAUAAAUUUGCCCCUUCCCCUUAAAAAUGAACACCUUCCUUCAUUUUCUUGCACAGGAAGCAUUGCUUCCCAGUCAGGAAAAGACUCAGCAGCAGUCCCUUUAUUUUCUUCUCCUGUGAAGGGUUCACUUGUUUAGAAGCACUGAAUGUGUUGUACGCCACUCUUAAUGUUUAAGUUGUUGGUUUUUAUAAAGAAUACAACUACAGAAAAUAAAUUAUGUGAAAAUCUUA